AUGGAAUCAAGCACAUACAGAUAAGCCCCAAGGCUGCAAACUUUUAAAGAAACGGACGCGAUCAGAGGAAUACUUUAAUUUAAAGCGAAGAUGGCGGAUUCGCAGGGUGUCGAGGUGUCAGAUGAAAAAGAUCCCGAAAAUGACGACCACAGAGGGGUAAAAUGUUCCUGGCAUGGUGAUUCGAAGUCGAAGAAGCCAAACAUCAAAGGCCCUGCGGCAGAAAUGACGGAAACACUGGGAUUUUACGAGAAACCCUUCAUUAAGCACGAGGAGCACGAGCAUUCAGAUUUGGAUGAGUCCGAUGAGCCAUCACUGUUGAGGUUCAUGUGUGCAGAGCUGACCAGGAGCUACUUCCUGGAACACAACAAAGCCAAAUACACUGAGAGGAGGGAGAGAGUGUAUACUUGCUUGAGGAUCCCCAGAGAGCUGGAGAGGUUGAUGUUCUUCGGGUUCUGCUUGUGUCUGGAUGCCUUUCUCUAUGUGUUCACCCUGCUCCCCCUGAGAACUCUGCUGGCCUUCUUGAGGUUGUUGACAAUUCCCUGCUGCAGCCUCGGCGCUAAUGUUUGCCCUUAUUGCAGACGGAGCAGUAGCUCACGGUUCAUGCAGCCAGCUCAGGUUUGUGACCUGCUUAAAGGUUUAAUCAUGGUGCUGUGUUACUCCAUGAUGCACUAUGUCGAUUAUGCCAUGAUGUACCACAUGAUCCGGGGCCAGUCGGUCAUCAAACUCUACAUCAUCUACAACAUGCUGGAGGUGGCAGACCGUCUCUUCUCGUCUUUUGGGCAAGACAUUCUAGACGCACUGUACUGGACGGCCACCGAGCCAAAGUCACGAAAGAGAGCCCAUAUUGGCGUCAUUCCCCAUUUUUUCAUGGCCGUCUUCUAUGUCUUUCUGCAUGCCAUCCUCAUCAUGGUUCAGGCCUCGACUCUAAAUGUGGCUUUCAACUCUCAUAACAAAUCUCUGCUCACCAUUAUGAUGUCCAACAAUUUUGUUGAAAUCAAGGGAAGCGUGUUUAAGAAGUUUGAGAAGAACAACCUCUUUCAGAUGUCUAACAGCGAUAUUAAGGAGCGGUUCACACACUAUGUAUUGCUUCUCAUCGUUUGCCUGAGGAACAUGGAGCAGUUUUCCUGGAGCCCAGAUCACCUGUGGGUGCUGCUCCCAGAUGUCUUCAUGGUGAUCACUUCUGAGGUUACAGUUGAUGUUGUCAAGCAUGCCUUCAUCACCAAAUUCAAUGACAUAACAGCUGAUGUCUACAGUGAAUAUAAAGCCAGCUUGGCCUUUGAGCUCGUCAGCAGUCGUCAACAGAAUGCCUAUACAGACUACAGCGAUUCAGUGGCACGAAGGAUGGGCUUCAUUCCUCUACCUCUGGCUGUGCUGCUGAUUCGAGUGGUGAUGAGCUCAGUGAAGAUUCAGGGUGCUCUCUCAUCUGUCUGUUUGCUUCUCUUUUAUCUUGGAUUGAUAACACUGAAAGUGUUGAACAGUAUAGUGCUGCUGGGAAAGUCCAGCCGCUAUGUAAAAGAAGCCAACAUGGAAGGGAAGCUGUUUGACAGACUGACUGCUCAAACUCCAAAACAAAAACCCAAGAAAGCCACCCAGGCCAAAUCUCCCCCACCCACAGAAAAACUUAAGGUUCAGAGACCCUCCACCUCCAUCACCAAGCAACCCCCCCCAAGAGUGGGGUCUUUCGUCCCAGCUCCACCACCUGUAACUAAGGUGACCAGUGACCUGCCCCCAGAUUCUUUCCCUAAACCAGAGGAGGGCACCAGCGAGACGGCAGAACCCUCUGAACUUAAACACAGAACCUCAAAAAAAGACUUGCUGGAGAUAGACCGCUUCACAAUUUGCGGCAACCGAAUCGGGUGAAUUCUAAACCUGUUACCAUAGUAACUGCUCAGGAAUGGAAACAAAAAAAGACUGUUACCAUUGCAAGAGGGAUUUGGGCCAAGAGGGUUCUUCCAAGACUGAUAGUACUAUUUGUCUCAAACUUGAAAAUUACUAUUUUCUUAUCCCUUUACUUCUAUUCCAGUGGAAUAUCUCCCAAAGGAGGCUGAAGGAGAGCGUAAGACGUUUCAAAUUAAAACAGAGAGCCCAUGGCAAGCUGGCAGAUCGCAUCACACAAAGUCAAGUGUAUGUUGCUUUAGGAUAUGUCUCUGUCUCACACUUUAUCAGAGAGAGAACAUCCUGAACUUGUGGCAUGAACAUCUUACAAAUUAGUCUUUAUCCUCCCACUCAAAAUUUGCCUUUGAGUGGAAACUAAAAGGUGUCAUUUAAAGGGGUAGUUCACCCAAAAAUAAAAUUCUCUCAUUAUUUACUCAACCUUGUUUUCCAAAUGUUCUAUCGGCUAUGGAGAUGUUAAUCAGAAUGUUAGCCUCCGUCACUAUUCUCUCUCAAUGAAUGGAAAAAAAGAUGCAAUGAAAUUGAAUGGUGACCGAUAUUAACAUUCUACCUAAAAUCUUCUUUGUGUUCUGAGGAAGAAAAAGUCAUACAGGUUUGGGACAAUAUUAGGAUGAGUAAAUGAUGACUGAAUAAAACAAUUGUGGGGUGAACUGUCACUUUGAUCAAGGAUUAGAGAUAGAAAAGUUUUAAACAAGUGAUCUUAUUAAUAAACAUUCAGUUAAUAGCUUAUUAAAAUAAAUAGUUAUUUAUUCACACUCAUUUGGCUUGAAAUGUUGUGCCGGUGAUGCUGCCAUUAGAAUUCAUCAGUCUGGCAAAUAUUUGUUUUUAGAAUUUGUUACACUGUUUGGUUCCUCUGAAGUCUGUUUUUUAAUAGAUACGGUACUUUUUGUCAUUCUCAUCAAAAAAAUCACGACUGACAGAAAGGGAAGAGUUUGCUUUGCUGAUGUCAGGCCACUUGAUAAUUCGGCUCAGAAGUUUGUCUUAAAAGUCCUGACUUUGUUAAUCCAGCUGACUGAACUUUGCACUGAUUUACCAUAAUGUCUUAAACUGUCCAGUAGAGUAAUUUUGUUUUGAGUUUGACAUUCACAAGUAUAUACUAGUCAUAAAAGAGAAAAUACCUGAAGUGUAACAGUACGAGUUUUUUUUUUUUUGUGUAUUUUGAAAUUCAAAUAAUUUGUGGUGAGUCUUAUAUUGAGUGAUUAUAUUAUUUGAUGUAAUUACAGUUUGUUGGUUUAAAUGUAAUUGAAUUAAAAUAUAAUGAUUAAUAGUACAAUGUCGUGUUUAUACUACUUUAUAGUGUUUCUUGUUGGUUGACUUUGUAAUGGAAAAAUUUCAAUGUCAUGUGAAUGCCAACAUUUUAAUCUGUACAGCCUAUGACUUGAAUUUACCUCCAGUAUACAGUAAAUACGUGGACCGGUACCAAAAGUGCUUGUCAAAUUGUGUGUAGUUGGGUGAUUCUGAUUGACUGAGAAUAUUCUUCAAUUGAUGUGUUCCUUCCACUAAUUUGUCAUAUUAUUUAAGGAUAUUGUAUUGUUUGUUAUCAUUGUAAAAAUCAGAUCACUAUUUUUGGAGAGAUUCUGGAUAUGGUUGCAAAGGUCUGUUGUUCAUAUAGUGUUAUGUUAUUAAAAUGUGACAUAAUGCUAAAAAGUCAUUUUAUACUUAAAAACAAAAGGGUUUAGUCUUCAACUUUAUGUAAAAGCAGCCCUGUUUUUGGUACAGAAAAUAAAAUGGUUUUGUAAUUUGUGCUAUUUUAUUUAUUAUUUUCAAGAUCUAUUAUUCUUGACAUAUAGUUUUUUCCUUGACUAUUUGG